AUGGUAGAGAGCACAUACGCGAGCGACUCGCCCAGAUCGCGUUCCCCGAUGACGGAGCCGUCGAGCCCGCUCCAGGAUGGACCCGGCAUAUCCGGCUACGACCACCGUUACCUCUACAAUUACUCGCCGGAGAGCCUGCAACAGAAGCUGAAGGCCGCCGACGAGCAAAACAACGUGACCGGGAGGCAUCACGACGCGAACGCGCGCGAGAAAACGUUCACCAGGAGCCCGCUGAGCUCGGACGAGGCGCGAUUCAGGCCGCGCGGGGUCUCGCGACCGAGCUCCACGGCCACAAUGUCCUCGCCCACGUCCGCCUUCACCAUCGAGAACAUCCUGGCGCCCAGACCACUGGGUAACAUGACGCCCACCAGCACCAGCGGCCUGGGUUCCAUCAUUCAAAACCCUGAGGCCGUGGGCUCGAGGACCGCGACGGCGAUGCAUCCUCUGCAACAACAGAUCCAUCACCUGGCGUUCACGUCCGCUGAUUUGUUCGCCGCGGCGUACCCCAGUUUGUAUUCCGGCGGAUACGUGGCGGCGAUGGCGGCUGCCGGGGUUUCGCUCCACGGUCAGCCAACGUUCUAUCACGCGGCGCAUCCCUAUCAAAUAAACCCGAACGCGGCGUCCGUGGGUCCCAUGGCGAAGAGGAAACGCCGCCACAGGACGAUAUUCACCGAGGAGCAGCUGGAGCAACUGGAGGCGACCUUCGACAAAACCCACUAUCCGGACGUGAUCCUUAGGGAGCAGCUCGCGCUUCAGGUCGAUCUCAAGGAGGAAAGAAUCGAGGUGUGGUUCAAGAACCGGCGCGCCAAGUGGCGCAAACAAAAGCGGGAAGAACAGGAACGUAUGCGGAAACUUCAGCUGGAACAACGUCAGCGCACCGACGACACGGUGCCCAUGGCUACGGUCAAAGCGCCCGACCAUUUAAUACUGACCAGACAGCAACAGCAACAACAACAACACGAGCAAGACACCGACAGUUCGGACCUCGAAGUGGCGUAG